AUGAGAAUGAGAUCAGGGUUACUUGAAUUAGCGAUUGGAGUGAGGAAGGUGGGAUGGAGAGGAAGAAAUGGGGUUGGGUUGUAAUUAUAAUAUUUGGGAUAAAUUAUGUAAAUCUCAAGAAAUGUAUUAGUAUUUAUUUAUGAAUUAUAUGUAUAUUUAUUUAGGAAUUCCAUUAUUAAUUAAAUGCAAGAGAAAUUAAUAGCUGGACUCACAUCGAGUUAUGGCAGUUUGUUGGGUCAAUAGUAUUUGAAGUGGUUGAAGAUGCCUCCUUCUUAUUUAAGAGUGAUGCAAUCCAUCGAUUACAGAAAGGGGAUGUAUGCAGCUUAGCAAAUAAAGGCAAAUCAAUAGAUAAUGCUUAUAUCGACAGAGAAGUGUUUCACAAGUGUGGAAUUCGUCGGUUGUGACACCAGGAAAUCUCAAGAACUUCAGGUAUGUAGUUGCAAAUCAAUUAGACCAUAGCAUCACAAAUAGCUCACAAAAUAUGUGGUGGAAAAGUGGAAUAGUAGUAUUUGGUCACAGGGUUGCUCAAAAUUAUAUUGCAAGUGUUCGUGCAUCAGAAGGACCAAUCUCUAACUCACUCUCCAUUUGCAAAUAUGAUUCAGCCUCCCAAUACUCCGUUAUUGUGGCCUCAAACAGUGAUUGAUUUGAUAUCCUCAAGGAAUUUGGCUUCCUUGAUUGAAGGCACUCUUCUCCAAUGUUAAUCGAUGUAUAAUGAAUUGCAAUUGAGCAAAGUUUACGGUUUGACAGCCCUUGAAUUUUUGAAAUUGUUCCAAGCUAUCAGAGCAUCCUUAAUUUGCUUCAAUCCACAGUAUGACCAAUAUCAAUACAUUCUAGAAAACCGAAAUACUUUGACAUGCAAUCAGUCUAAAUAGUAAGUCCAAUGGUUUAUCAAUUUGAUCACUCCUUCGAUCCAAAUUGCUACUUGGAUGGCUGUUAUUUGAGCCAUGAAAACAUGAGUUUCGUUGAUUUCAGUGCCAAAAAGCAAAUUGAACCAGGCGACGUAAGAUAUACUCCCCUAAGUUAAUAGAAAUUAACCAUCAAUUACGGUAAUUUGAGUAAUCAUGAUCUACUAAUGAGACAUGGGAUUAUGGUGGAUGACAAUCCUUAUAAUGAAAUGCCCAUUGACUUGGACUUCACUAAAGCCAUUAAUUACACCGAAUAGCUCUUUGAGUAAAAGCAAAAGUGGUUGAGACAGAGUGAAAUCACCAACAUUGAAAGGCAGUCCUUGUAUGCUAACAAAAUUAAUGUGCAAUUAUUACAGUAACAUUUAUGCCUUACACUCUUAGGUAUCUUAGGAUUUAUUUUCUGACUGAACAAGAAUUCUCCAAAAAUCCACAAUUGGAAUUUAAUUCAUUCCAAGAAAAAAUCAGUGAAGAAAAUGAGUUGUUGGUCAAAUAGUUUAUGAUUCAAAACAUCAAGAAUAUCUUAUCCACUUACAAACAAAUUUCUAAGCCGAUUGGCAAAGAAUUGUAGGACCUUUACAAAAUUCAAAAGGAUGAGAUGACCAUACUAUAAAAUAAUCUAACUUUUUUUAGUAAAUGAGUGCAAAUGAUA